UUCUAGAACAUAAAAAGAAGAAAGGCAAGAAAAUAAAGAAAAGAAAGUGAAGGCUAGGGUUUGUCAUUUGUGUUGGAUUUGUGGGUUUGAAGGAAGAGAAAAGAAGGAUGGCCACUUUGGGGAGGAACGUAGCAGCUCCAUUGCUGUUUCUCAACUUGAUCAUGUAUUUAAUUGUGUUGGGUUUUGCUAGUUGGUGUCUUAACAGGUUCAUUAAUGGCCAAACAUACCAUCCUAGUUUUGGAGGGAAUGGUGCGACUAUGUUCUUCUUGAUCUUCUCCAUACUUGCCGCAGUCCUCGGAAUCGUAUCGAAAUUUGCAGGGGGCUACCAUAUUAGGAUUUGGAGGAAUGAUAGUCUGGCAGCAGCAGGAGCAACAGGAUUGGCAGCUUGGGCCGCAACUGCACUAGCUUUUGGGUUGGCAUGCAAGGAGAUAAGUCUAGGAGGGUACAGAGGGUGGAGGCUAAAGGUUUUGGAAGCAUUUAUAAUAAUUCUGACGGUCACCCAAUUGUUCUACCUCAUUUUGGUUCAUGCUGGUAUGUUUGGCAGCAGGUACGGUCCCGGCUACAGAGACCCCGACUACGGCGUCCCUACCGGGGCUGAUCCGGCGCCCAAGGGUGGUGGUGGUGUCACGGGGUCUAGGGUGGUUUAAUAACUAGUGCGUGUUUAAUGUGUGUGUGGCCAUUUUCACGGUUAAUUUUAGGGUUUUUUUUUUCUGGAACUUUGGACUCUUAUGGUGUUGGUGUUGGUGUUCCAGUGCAGCCUGUUAUGUCAAACAUCUUGUGUUGUGUGUUGUGUAAAUAAUGGUGGAAGGCGGACUGUUCUAUAUGUCACGGGUGUUGUAAAUUUGUAAUGGCUCUUUUUUAACAUGUACAAGAAUGUUGUAGCAGUAGCUCUCUCAUGUUAAUUAAUUUUUAUCUUGUGUUUAAGAAAUUUCUACUCAAUACUUUUGAA